AUGCAAGCCUGGAAUUUGACGGACAUCGAGAACCUUGCCGAGCCGAUAGAGGUGACUACCUCUCGCCGCGGCGAGACCGGCGCGUACGAGCACCGCGUCGGGUACAGGGCGCUGGUCGACGUCCACGGCCGCCGCUCCGGGCCGUCUCGCUUCUGGCGCUGGCACGAGGACACCUACCUCGAUCAGCUUAGCCGCAAACACCCGGCUGCAAACCUGCGGGCGCAGGCCGCGAUUACCACGCGCUCCUACGAGCACAGCCUCGACUGCGAGCCAGCGUCCGAGAGCGACGACGGCUGGGGCUACACGCCAGACCCCGCCGCCGACGCGUCGACGAUCCGCGUCCGGCUGCGCGGGCAGCCUGCCUUCGCUGCCGUCGAGGCGCUGGACGACGAGACGUCUGCCUCAUCGCAGACGAGCACGCCGGCCAGCGCCACAAAGGUGCGGCGGCGGCGAGGCGGCGAGGGCGAGGCGUGCGUGCAGCAGGAGGGAGGCUGCGCCGAGUGCUCCUCGGCCGCCGAGGAGGAGGCCGCCGCUCAGCAGCCGGGGGCGAGUCUGCCCAGCGGCGGCGUCGGCAGGCCGCCGCCCUUUGACGACGUGCGGCUCCGGCUCCGCGGCGAGAGGGACGCCACCACCUCCCGGCUUGCGCGAGAUGCCCCUCUCGGCCGGCUGAAGGCCGUCGCCCCUGUUGCGCCGUGUGGCGGCGGCGAGGCCGGCCCGCCACGCCGGCGCAGUGGCCGGGCGACGCUGACGCUCGAGCCGCUGGCGAGGGAGGCGCUCAGCCUCGCCUCGCGCAGGUACGGCCGCGAGGUUCUCGGCCGGCCGGUCGAGGUUUGGUGGGCGGACGAGCGGCGCUGGCGCGCGCAGCCACAUGCUCCGAAGUAG